AUGAAAGCCUUUGACGAUGGCUUCGAUAUGGACUCCGUCCCAGUCUAUACCCCAGAGGAAAACCCCACAACAUCUCAGCUGGAUCUUGAACCUCUCGCAGCCCCACAGCCCAGUCAACAUCUAAGUCCGGUAGAAGAAGACGCCGAAGAGGAUGUGGUGUCAGAAUUACUGCCGGGCGCCCGGGCAAUGAAACGCCGUCGUGCAGAAAUGAGCCAGCACCCGGAUACGUCUGCGACCACUGAGUCCGAACCCACCCGGAAGCCGAAGCGCCCGAAGCUAGACGUAUUGGAGGCUGCACGAAAACAUCGCGAAGAAGAAGAGCGACAAGCACAAGAAGACACCUGUCCAGUGGCUUUGACGGACAUGGAGGUUGAUCAGCUCCGGAACCUGGCCAUUGUGGAAGAGAUGGAACUUCCUGUGCGGGAUCCGCCAGCUGCCGUCGACUCCAACUCUGACCGAUGGGAUGAGCGAUGGAACGGCCGUAAAAAUUUCAAGCGGUUUCGCCGAAAGGGCGAACCUCGCCAUGCCCAGCAUCGCAUACAGACAGUGAUUGUGCCCCUGGAAGAGGUAUCGCGCAAAGACUUUGGUAUUGGCGAUCACUACUGGGUUAGCAGUCACAAAUCUCCCGACACCAGUCAAUCCGCAGACCGAAGAUCUCGUCAGGAUCCGCCGCGCGAAGACCCGGCUGCAUCUAUUCCAGAAUCGGCGCCAGGUUCGGCCUCUCCUGAGGCUCCUGGCCCCGAUCCAAGCCCAACUCCAGCCCCAGCCCCAGCACGUCGGCCCAUCAAACGACCGCGAGAGACGCAUGAAUCGGAGAGCGACGAUGAGCUGCGGUUCCGCUUCCGGCGCAAGCGGUAA